GCGGCUUGAAACUUGCAGGCUGCAGUUCUGGCCAUUUUAACCGAGAGCCAUGGCAACGCAGGAACCCGAUGACCAGCUCACGCGGGACAUGACUGCCUUGCAGGAGGGCAUCCGGCUCCUUUUCACCAAUGACUACCAGGGGGCGGAGGACACCUUUCGCCAGGGCUCGCAGCGCCCGCGGCCGCCGCCUUUGCCGGAUGGCACCAUCAGGGACACGCGGGGCGCCUUCGCCUUGAUCUACACCAUGGUGAGUUUCAUGUUCGGUUUGCUGUCCUUUGCCAAUGACCAGCUGGACGAAUGUCUGGCGCGGGUUUGGACCGCCGAGAGCCUUCUGCUAGAAGAUGGUCCCUGGGUUGGCCAGAAAAUGCUGCUGGGCAUGGUCUAUUUGAUCGCAGGAGUAGUGCAGGCUGCGAAGAAUGCUUGGCUGAAGAGUGGGGUGAACCUGGUGCGCGCCCUCCGCUACAUCAAGGACUUUGAAGAAGGUCUCCGCUUCGAGGGCCGGGAGGCGCCCUUCGUGCGGAGCUUUGCGCACUUUGUGAUGGGCCUCUUCAACCUGGUGCUCUCCAUGCUGCCGCCCCAGAUGCUGCGCAUCGCCUCCAGGGCCGGGGGCCGCACCCUGCAGGGCAGCCGCAGCGACGCGCUGCGACUGCUCAACGAAUGCUAUGUGCAGGAUGGAAUCAUGGCUCCCUUCGCAGUCCUGGUCCUGUUGUGCUACAACAUUUGGAUGAAGACGUACCUGGGCGAAUCCAUCAACGACGAAGACUUUGCAAAGUCCAAAUCUCUUUUGCAGUGGGCAGGCGAGCGAUUUCCCAAGAGCGCUGUCUUUGAGUUCUGGCAGACGGAGCUGCACGUGAUUCGCACGGAGAUCAGAGAAGCCUCCCAGUGCGUUGAGCGUGUGCACGCCGUACUGGCCCAGCUGAAGCUUCCUGCGAUUGACUCCUUUCUGGAGCAGAAGAAGGCCAUGUUCAGCCUGGCCCUGCUGGACUGGCCCAGCGCUGCCCAGGGCUUCGAGCAGAGCCUGCAGGUGUCCGUCCAGAAGCAGCGGCGUUCUUACGUGCCCACGCUGUCCUAUCUGGCGGGCCUUUGCCGGGUGCUCUCCGAGCAGUCUGGGGCUGCCAACUUCGAGCGGGUGCAGCAGUACGCGAAGAUGCGGAAGCGAAACUGGCCCCCCGAGGAUGACUUAGCCUUUAUGAAGGUCAAAGACCUUGGAGUGGCCACGACGCCACGACGUGCGCUGCUGGAACUGGUGGAGAUUUCCAUGUUGAAGAUCCACGUGCUCCACACAAUGCCGGCGGAAGAGAAGGUGCUACUGAAAAAGAAGCUUUUGGAGGAGCAGCCGGAGCCAGAAGCACCCGAGGAGGCGGCCCGUGCCCUGCUCUUUUGCGCGGAGAUCUCGCGCCUACAGGGGGACACGGAGGAGGCGAGGCGCCUGGCGAGCCAAGCCCUGCAGCUCUUGCCGAAGCUCUCGCCGCGGGGGGCGCAGAACGGCACCGCCCCAGCGCUUCACCUCAUGCUGGCGCUGCUAGGCGUGGAGGGUCACUUGGCCUCGCUGGACAAGUGCCCCAAGUGUUGCAGAGCCUACGACGAGGCGAUCAAGUUCAAGCGGCUUGGCCUGGAGCGGAAGCUGGCGGAUGCUGAAAGCACGGGCCCCCUGGAGCGAUCCACUUCGGAGACGCAGGCGGACACGCCUUCCGAGACGCACGAGGAAGGCGAAGACGAGGAGUUCUUCUCCGCGGAGGAGGAGCAGGAGGGCGAAGCGCCGCCCCCGCCUGCGAAGGCCUUUUGGAAGUGGAGCUUCCGAAGACCGCCGAGCAUCGAGACGGACUGCUCAGAGGUCUCCCCACCUUCGGUGAACUCGCCCUCCUUGUCCUUCAGCUGGGCCUCUGAGGUGGCCGUCAAGGCGCUCAAAGACUUGGCCAAGAAGUCGGCGGUGGCAGGAGGUCAGCUGAGCCACCAGGCGGGUCAGCUGAGCCACCAGGCCAGCGAGCAGCUGGGGCACCUGGCCAACUCUGCAGGCAAGGCCCUCAGCCGCAAAGGCUCCAGCUGCGGCAGCAGCAAGUUGCACCUGGAGGCGCUUCUUCGGCAGGCGGAUCAAGGUGACUGCUCCGUUGUUUGCAUGCCCACUCCCGGCGCUGGCGUGUCAGAGGCGGAAGUGGUGGCAUACCUUCGGUGGGCGCAUUGGAACUCCUUGCGUGGCAUGACGCGGCAUGAGGCACUUCGACAAUACGGUAUCCUGACGUCCACCAAGCUGCCCAAGAACGAGGUGAAGGACCCCGAUGCGGACGCAAAGAGCUGAGGCUCCAGAUGCGAGCCCCGGAGGCCGGUGGCCCUCAGGUAGCCCCAACUCACAGGGCGUUGGUUUGGAUGCCGACGUCCAAAGGAGUCCAACAGGCUGUUGAAAGCCGGCCCCAAGAGACCAUGG